CCGUCGACGGCACGUGGAGAAACACAACCAAUUCGCGAUGGAGGAGGAAGGUCUCCCAGGUUCCAUUGGAGUCGUGGGCGUGGGAACGAUUGGUUCCGCGUUGAUCCGUGGCUUGCUGUCGCCUGGACCCGGUGCACCAGCCAAGCUUCCGAGGGUGGUGUUGUCUCCCCGUGGAGCUCUCAAGGCCGAAGCCCUGGCUGAAGCGUUUCCCGGAAAUGUGGUGAUUGCGAAGAGCAACCAAGAGGUAGUGGAUGAGGUGGAGUGUGUCAUUGUGGCGGUCCUCUUCAAACAGGUGAAUGAGGUCUUUGGAGCCCUGAAGUUUCGAAAAGAGCAAAAAGUCAUGACGUUGACAGCAGGGCUGAUGCCCACGCGCUUGAAGGAGCUGUGUGCUCCAGCGACGACGUGUGUUAGCGCGAUUCCGUUGCCGCCCGUUGCGAAGAGAUCUGGUGCUACCUUGUUGACCCCUCGACUGCCGUGGGCAGAGGCCAUGCUGAAAGUGUGUGGCUCCUGCGUGGUGGUCGAGACCGAGGCUGAGUUCAAAAGGUUGCUGGUGGUCACCUGCAUGAUGGGUGACUUCUACAAGCGCCAGCUGACGGCACAGCAAUGGCUCUGUUCCCAUGGCAUUUCUGAGGCUGAUGCCGCCAGUUGGGUGUCUUCCACCUUCGCCACCUUUGCCGCAGACAGCUCAGGGGCGCAGGUGGAUACCUUCCAGAAACUGGUGGAAGAACAGACACCGGGAGGACUCAACGAGAUGGUUUGGAGAGCCCAAGAGGAAGAUGGUUCGUACAAGUCCUUAUGUUAUUCUUUGGAUGCGGUGCACCACCGGCUGGUGUCGGGCGCCGCGGACCCUGCCUUAGCACCCGCAGCCAAGCGAGCCAAACUCGCAUGAGCCGAUGGCCGUUGGCGGAAAAUG